AUGGAUCGAGCUCAACUUGCAGAGCUGCCCGUAUGGUUGGUGCAAAGCUCUCUUCUGGGUGCCCCACAGCUGCGAAGCCUGAGUUUGCUGAAUCGGCGACUGGCUGAGCAGGCCCUCCUUCAGAUCUUGUUGGAGGCUGCUCAAGCUGUGCCUCGAGGCACCCGCAGCAUUGCUUCCUCGCCCGACCCCUCGGACAGUGAGAUUGAAGAUGCCGAGGUGGUUCUCAGUCCAACGGUCUCAGUUCGAAACUCCGAGUCCUCCGACGAGGAUGCCCUAUUGACGGAAAGGAGCGAGAGGAGCGAAAGAAGACAUCCUUGGCAUUGGUCGCCUUGGCCUCCGCCGUCGCCGGUGUCCGACUAUUUGAAUCGGCCAACUCCUCCGAUGAGUGAUUUGCCAUCCUUGCGCUCCUUGCAGCUGCAGAGACAGCUGCAGAGUUUGCAAGAUCGCCUUGAACAUCUUGAAGAAUCUUUGCAACACCAGGUACCGAAUAUGCCCCGCCCAAAGGUUGAAGAUUUGGCGGGUGAAUAUGCGGCCUGGCAGCCAUUGAAAUGCGCACUCUUUCUUGUGCCAAAGCUGCUAUCCAAGCAAAGUGCCAUGGCACAGAAGGCGGUUUCGGCAGCAACUGAUCUCCUGAAGCAAUCUUGUGCCCGCAUAUCAGACGGUGAUUCAGAGAAGAGCGUUGAGAUCGACAAGUUCCCUGUGGUUGUGAGCGUCUUGGCAAUGCUUACACAGAUGGCAAACCGCGGUGAUGAGGAAGUCAUAGAAGCGAUCUUGCGUCUGCUUGAGAUGCAUGACCCAGCACACUGGUGUGUCGUGCGCGUGGUUAUCUUGAAGGGUCGCUAUAGGCACACCAUGAACUACGAGGGCGUGCGCCGUGCAGCGGUGAAGGCUCUUGGCGAAUUGGGCGACAUUGGAAAUGCUCAAAUCACCGAGAGCCUCGCGUCGAUUGUGAAGGAUCAGCAGGACUGUCAGAGUUACGAGGUCCAAUCCUUGGCUCUACAGGCCUUGUUGUCGUUGACGUCUUCAGAGGCCUUGUGGCCACAAUUGUCGCAGCUCCUGGGCUGCAGCGGCCAAGUCCGCCGGGACGUCGUCCAGGCUUUGGAGAAGUUGGCGCCAGCUGAUCUCGCUGUCCGGAAGGAAGUGACAGAGUUUCUGAGCGCUGAGAUCUGCCGCCGGCCACAGGCGGCCAAAACGGCUUUGGAGGUUUUGCAGCGCUUCCUUGGCCCAGAAACAGCAUCCCGAGCAGUUGAAGCACUUGUGGAAUCUCUUGGCUGCAAGCUUUGUUUCUCUGGUGAAGAAUGCUUGGGAAGCAAAUGGUCCAGCAGCGAUGAAAUGGUGCAAGAACUGUUGCGCACCUUACGUUCCAUCAUGCAGCAAGGCACAGAAAUGUCAGAAUUGGUCAGGCGUUCCUUUUGCCAGCUACGCCCGAUGCCAUUUUGGUGUCCAGUGCUGGAUGGAGAGCGAUACUUUUGCUGCCAGUGCUUUGGCCGUGGCUGUCAGGGUUACAUCCUGGCUGGUCACUGCAAGGGUUGCUACAGGUGUCAGGCACCAGGCCGACGACAUGGUUGUUACCGAUGUGGCGACCGGCUCGAUGGUUGGGAGUCUUCGACCCAGUGGCUUCACCCAGAGAACUGUGGAAACACCUGCUACGUGGAGGCUUUGACAGGACUUCUGCUGAGCCGCAACGCACGGGUGGCGCUCGAAGCCUCAAAGCUCCUUGCGGCUUCGAAGCCCACGGGUGGCGCUCCGAAGCUCCUGCGGAGGGUCCGGCGGCUGCGUCAGGACCUCGCCACCUGGAGCGAAGACGCUGAAGACGAGGCUGAGGACGACAGGCCGAGGCCGAGACCUCACUUCAUCAGUUGUGGGUGCAGAGGCACCUGCUUAGAGGUCUUGGAACCUGUGGGAGUGCACAAGCAAUGCCCUGAUGUCCUGGAGCUCUUGAAGAUUCUAGAUCAACUAGCCAAAAGCGCGACAGAAUGA